GGUGUUCAAACAUACGAUAACAGCCUCGCUAAGGACAAAGAAUGUUCUCUUCGUACGCAAGUUUAUCUAGUUCUUUUUUAUAAGUAAGGUUUUCCCUCUUCAGUCAACUCUUCAUCUCAAAGAUUCAUAACUAGCUGAACGUUUACCUGGAAGAAUAUAAAAUGGGUCUGGGAGCAAGCCACUGCAAAGGAGUCUGGGCACCAAAAGAAGUCUCUCUGACCACUCUGUCUGUAGCUGCCGUGUAUUCCCUCAUCACGGUGCCUAGUAAUAUGCUAAUUAUCCUAUCAGUUCUUCUUGACCCUAACAAGAGCCUCCGCCGUACACCUUACCUUCUCUUAGUUUUGAACCUAGCCAUAACUGACUUGAUAGUUGGCGCCAUGGUCGAGCCGUUCUCAAUGUACACCCAUGUGAGGGAGGCCGCUCGCUUGUCAAUCAGCUUCUCAUGGCUGUCACAGUUUGUUUACUUUAUGUGUUGUACCGCUUCCCUUCUGAGUUUGUGCAUCCUGACCAUUGACAGGUAUCUGGCCAUUACUUCGCCCAUGUGGUAUCGUGCCAACAUGACCAACUCGAGAGUCGCCCAAGCGUCUGUUUUUAUCUGGCUCUUGUCGUUUGCUAGCAGCGGUUUGCUGUUUGUCACAGGGUUUGUCAUGUAUGCCUUCAUCUUUGCCAUCCUGACGCUUCUCUGCGCGAUUUUCAUUUUGGUGUUUACCUACGUUCGUAUAUUUGUGGUUGUGAAGCAAAAGGUCAAAGAUUUGAAUAACUUGCACCAAGGCGAUACAGAAAGGAAAAAGGCCCAAGAAAGAAACAUGUUAUGGGAGAGAAAGCUCACCAAGACCCACUUGGUGAUGUUGCUGGCGUUCCUGGCCUGCUAUGGUCCAGCAUGCAUCAUGAUUUUCGUGAUGAAUCUGUGCAGCACAUGCAGCUGUUACGUCAUUCACUGGCUCAGAGAUAUGCAUUUUGUGCUGAUCACGUUCAAUUCUUUGAUCAAUCCCUUUGUGUACGCCCUUAGGUUGGCUGGGUUCAGGAUGGCAAUACGUCACUUUUUAAGCUUUUGUUUUUGCUGUAGGAGUGGAGCGGUAGCGUCGUAUAACGAUCAGGAAGCGUCACACACGGCAGAAACUAGCAUUGACCGAUCUAGAACACUGGCUGUAUCUCGGCCAAUACAAAAUGAGUCCUCGUCUGUCGCUUGAUCACCUCGCAUAUCAUAUUCUUACCAACUUAUCCAAAGCUCCCAACAGCUUCACGAGUAAAAUCUUCCUCUCAUUCGAUAUCGUUUCUUAAACAGUACAGAGAGGGUGAUAAAGGGGGGAGGGG